AUGGCUCCCCCGCCGCCCGCCGACCUGCCUCUUGCGCAGAGGAUUCAAAAGCUGGCACAGACCCUGCAGUUCGCUUGGUUCGCUGGACAUGCCACCCUUCUUAUCUGCGUCACCCGCUACGCCUUCUCGUGGCUGCGCAUGAACUAUUAUGGUGGCAUGGCCCAGUUCUGCUACCGCACCACCUUCCUCUCCGCUGCCCUCACAUACGGUAUCGUGGUUUACAAGACAUGGCGCGCUCGUCAGAAGACCGGUGCUAAGCCGGCCAACGUUGUCAGCUACCUCACCGACGAGAACGUUCAGUACCUCCUUUUGGCCCUUGUCUGGCUCUUCAUGCCCCAGUACCCUAUCGCCAUGCUUCCCUUCGCCAUCUACUCGGUCUUCCACGUCGCUACCUAUACUCGUGCGAACUUGAUCCCGACUCUCAUGCCCCCUACUAAGGUGGCCCCUGCCGCCGGAGCUGAGCCCAGCGCCAAGCCCCAGUACACUCAGCACCCUAUGUCCGACGCGAUUGGCAGUUUCGUUAAGCAGUACUACGAUUCGUCCAUGUCGGUCGUUGCCAACAUUGAGCUCAUCCUCUGGAUCCGUAUCCUCCUCUCCGCCAUCAUCUUCCAGCGCCGCUCCUGGAUCCUGAUCGUCAUCUACACCGUCUUCCUUCGCACCCGCUUUGCUCAGAGCAGCCACGUCCAGAACUCGUUCAGCACCUUUGAGGCCCGCAUCGACAACCUCAUUGGCGCUCAGGGCACCCCUCCGGCUGCUCGUCAGGCUUGGGAGACCGCCAAGGGCCUUGCCCGUCAGUUCCACCAGGCUACUGAUGUCAACAAGUACAUCAGCGGUGCCGCUGCCCCCAAGAAGACCUCUUAA